CUAUUUCUUGCAAAACUACUCCGGAGUAUCCCCUGACCAUCAAUGACUACCGGUAUCACAUUUUACGAAUGCCGACUCAGCAAGGUCACUCUCGGGAAAUCUUUCUGUUGGCGAGAUUUCUUAUAUUAGGCUAUAUCUGGCGCAUCGUUCCUGCAAAAUCACUUUCAAGACGGAGCUGUCUCCGUCCGGCUGGCAUGUAGAUCGUCAUUGUGCAGUCUUCUUCAUUAAAAAAAAUGACCAAUGUCAUCCAACCUGUCUCUCCGAUGUUCACCCGUAUAGUGGCUCACCGGAUAAUUAAUUUCCUUUCCGAUAAUUGAUGGAGUUGCCUGUCUCAGGAUGAAGAACUUUAACUCCAUGGCUCCACGCUUCAGCGGGUCCGCCGGAUACUUCAAACACCGGCGCAUCGCAUUCAACGCUUGAUUUAGGCCACCAUUCAGCGCUCGUCCCCUCUGGCACAGGGGCUCAAUCCUCUAAUCCCAACAUGCCGAAUUAACCGGAGAUUAGACCACGGUUCAGUGUGUUUCUAGCUGAGGUAUCCGAUAUGAGGGUCAAAGUGCCACCAAAAGAGCAGGUAUAUAUACCGGCUUCUAGCUCCGGAUCGUCAGCCAAAGGUGUCUAUCCAACGACGAACUAAAAACCUAGACAUUAAGUUUGAGCCAUCACUUGAUAUAUUCAAAAUGAAGUUCCUCUCUCCUCUUAUUCUCAGCUCUCUCGCCUCAGCUGCCGCCCUCAACCGCCGGGCGGAUAUGUGUGGCCAAUGGGACACCACCACUACCGACAAGUUCACUUUGUACAAUAACCUCUGGGGCGAGGGCAAUGCGGACAGUGGUAGCCAAUGCACCGGCCUCGAUUCGGAUAACGGAAACACCAUUGCCUGGCACACCAGCUGGAGCUGGACCGGUGGAGCCGGCCAGGUCAAGAGCUUCGCCAAUGCUGCCUACACCUUCGAGGCCACUCAGCUGAGCCAGCUAAGCAGCAUCCCCAGCACAUGGAAGUGGCAGAACACUGGCUCUGACGUUGUUGCUGAUGUCGCAUAUGACCUCUUCACUUCGUCCAGCGCAGAUGGAGAUGAGGAGUACGAGAUCAUGAUCUGGUUGGCAGCCUUGGGCGGUGCUGGUCCUAUCUCGUCGACCGGUUCUACUAUUGCUACCCCCACCGUGGGCGGACAGAGCUGGUCCUUGUACAGUGGUCCCAACGGCCAGAUGACAGUUUUCAGCUUCGUCGCCUCAUCCACGACCGAGGACUUCUCGGCUGACCUGAAUGAUUUCCUCAAGUAUCUGCAGGAGGAACAGGGCUUGCCUUCCAGCCAAUACCUGACCCAUGUGCAGGCGGGUACUGAGCCCUUCAGCGGAAGCGACGUCAAGUUCACCACCUCUUCCUACUCUGUGUCUGUUGCCUAAUCGCCAUCCUGCCAACUAGGUUGAUGACGGUUUUGUAAAUAGUUUGAGGCGAUGCUAGGCGCCGUGUUUCAGGGACCGUCAGGGAUAGCGGGAUGAAUGGAGGGGAAAAGGUUCGGGAUAUACAUACCUCAGGAAGGAGACUGAAUCAUUCCGUGUUUUGACGAGAGGGGUACAGGCUGUCUGUUGCCUGGUUUAUUGUGAAUAUCUGUGAUUGUCUUCUUCUACCCGCUCGCUCCAGUGGAGCUGAGGCGUCUAGCUUGUUGAGUAUAUAGGUUUUAUUUAGAAAUCAAGAUCGAAAACAUCUAAAUAUAAAUUCCCGGCGUCUAAUGAGACAGUCGAAUGGGACGAAAC